AUGAUAUUUCCGAAUAUACCAGAUUCCGGAAACUAUAACAUUACAAGGAAAUGUUUAUUCCGGAAAUAUUAUUUUAUAUUUUCCGGAAAACACAAUUCUGAUUAUAAAAUUAAUUCUGAUUUUUAUAGCUGGCAAACAACUAUCCAACGAUUAAAAAUUGCAGCAGAACAAAGAAAUACAAAAAAGGCAGAGAGGAAUAAUAAAAGAAAACUUAAGAGACAACUCUCCUCAGAACAAGAAAGGCGAUCGUUUGAUUCACCCAAAGAAAUAAUUGACGAUUCUGAUGAACUCGAAAAUUUAGGGCAAUUAUUAACUCAAGACAAUCGUCGUGACAAACUUAAACAAAUCAUUAAACGCCAAAAACACAAAAAAUCGGCAGAAGCACAACAUGUUGAUAAAUUCAUUAAUUUAGUUAAGCAAGGGGUAAAACUUGGAUUUACCCUUGCUGGGGAAAAUACAACUGGUUGGGAGGAUAAAAAUAUGCGCUUAAUUUCGCCUAGAUUUAUGAGCAUUGUUGCUGAGGAUGAGAUUGCUGCAGAGAAUGAAACGGUGAAUAUGAGGGAGUAGGGUUUUCCGGAAAAUAUUAAUUUGUAUAUUAUUAUGGAUUCCG